UCUGGUCAUUAUAUCCUUCCCCAGAGAUGUUGGCUGAGGUUCCAGGGAACCCUCUAAGCUCUGGCCUCCUCUGGACAGCCACCCGUGGUAAAGAUGAAAAGCGCCCAGGCCUAACCCUGCAGCGGUCUGGGGAUGCCCAGAGGAAGAUGCCCUCCCAGCGUUGCUGCUUCCUCGGGGUAGAGACCUGGGAAGAGCUGAAGUGGGAGGACUGGGAGCUGGGAGGGGAGUUCACUAAGACUCUGCUGCUGAAGAACAUCCAUAGUAAACUACAGAAACUACGUUUCAGGCCUCCUGCGUCAACGUUCUUCACCACCCUGUUUCCUCAGAUCAUCACUCUGAGUCCUGGAACGUCUUUUUCUCUUCCUGUUACCUUCCGCCCCCUUGAUAGGUGUGAAUACCAGGACACCAUAGAGUUCCACAGUAAAGAUGGGUUGUUCCAGGUGUCUCUGAGGGCGACCAUACCUCACCAUGCUCUGGACGUACCCGAGUCUGUCCUCCUACCUCCCUGUGCUGUUCUCCACCAAUCACAGACCGUCUUCAUGUUCCGCAACGCCAGUAAGCUACAGACAGGUUUCCGGUGGGAGGUGCCCUCUCCGUUCCAGCUGUGUCCAGAGAGCGGGAUGCUGGAGCCGGGUCAGGAGUGUAGAGUCACGGUGCUCUUCAGACCACGGGAGGCGUUGGUCUACCAGGUCCAGGCUAGCUGUGCCUUCGGGGACGAGGGAGAGAACAGCUGUACUGUGCUCCUACAGGGCCUAUCAAAGUACCCAUUCCUUCAGAUCAGUGCCCCGGGUCAGGAGGAGGGAUUUAAGGUGCUGGAAUUUGGCAAUGUGCCUGUCGGCUGCAACAUGGAAAGACACUUUGAGAUUCUCAAUCCAUCCUCAAUAACGACUUCCUUUAGUCUGUCCAGGAUGCAGCGUCCGCCGCUGUCAGAGUCAGUGUUCCAGUGUGUUAUCCAGAAGGGAGAGGUGGCUCCGCGUUCCUCCAUCAGGGUACCUGUGAUUUUCUCUCCUGGAACUGUGGACAGCACCACUGUGGACUACCUGUCACUCACCUGCCCCGGGGCGCUCAGCAAACCCCUGCUCAAAGUCACCGGCACCUGCAUAGGUCCUCAGGUGUCCCUGUCCUCCUCUAUGCUGGACUUUGGCUGUGUGGAUGAGGGUGAGGAGGCCUUGCGUACCGUGGACAUCAUCAACUCCUCCUCUGUGGAGGCCCAGUACCAGUUUGACUUGGACGCCACAGGGCAUAGUGUCUUCACCUUGGAGCCAGCCUGUGGUACCCUGCCACCCAACAGCAGCCGGCGCCUACGCCUGCUCUUCAGACCACACCACCCCAUGGGACAUCACAGGAGGGUGGUCUGUCUGCUGCUACAUAGGGAGCCUCUGUUCCUGGACCUGAUAGGGACCUGUCACUCUGAGCAGCUGAAACCAGCCAUCCUUCACCCCAGACACCUGGUCCUGUACCGGCAGCACCUGGCCCGGGGACUCACCUGCUACCCUCCUGAUGUACUCGGCGCCAUGCUGGCAGAGGACAAGAUCCAAGUGGACCUGGAGGGAGCUCUGAUGUUACAAGAGGAUCCUGCUGCUGUGCCAGAGAAGAGCCCUAUGGAGGAAUAUUACCAAGGCUGUGCAGGGGGCAAGGCGGAGGCUGAGCUAGGAGGCAGCGGUGAGGGGUCCACCAGUUCCCACAUCACAGUGGAUCCCCCAGAGUUGCUGUUCCACGAUGGCUCCGCCUCGCAGUCUGUGACUCUCUCCAAUCACACCAAGGGCAAGCUCAGCUUGAUCUGGACCCCGGCUCCUAACUCCUCCUUCUCCGUCACACCCUCGUCAUGUGAUCUGGGACCCCUGAAGUCGACUGCUUUCAGAGUCAGCUACACGCCCAAGCAACACAACACCUUCCAUGGGGCACAGCUAGAGUGCUUCGCUCUCUACAAGGUGUUGAGGGACCAUCGGCAGGUAGAGGACCGUACCUUGUGCCCUCCCUGGUGUGUCACAGUCCGGGUCAUUGGACACUCCUUCCAGCCUGGCCGGGAGCACUUCAUCCCCCGGUUCUCCUUGCAGCGCCCCCGAGUGGUCUUCCCUGCUCUGAGCCUGGUCUCCUACAGGACUGUGCUCCUGGAGAACAUGGGAGACCUACCCUUGGUGUUCAGGCUGGACCCAGAGGAGUGUCCUUCGGUGUCUGUUCAGCCCACCAGCGGCCUGGUCCAACCUGGACACCACCAGAUUCUCACCCUCAGGACCACCCCGGCAGAAGAAUGCCCUGCCAAGCUACCCCUCACCCUGCACUUCAAUGCCAGUCCCAAGCACACCCAGGAGCUGUCGGUGGUGAGUGUGGUAGAAAAGCCUUGUCUGUCUCUGGAAGGAGAAGGUAGUCUGUUCUUCAAACCCACGGCGGUGGGCUCCCGCUCCCAAAGCCCCUACAGGGUCAGGAACCUGACCCGGUUACCUCUGAGGUUCCACUGGAGGAUCCCUGGACCUGACCAACGUGUCAUCUCUGUGACCCCUGACACGGGAGUCCUGCAGCCCAAUGAGACCAGGGUGCAGACGUGGUCCUUCACCCCAUUUGAGGAAAUGGUUUACAAUCUGAAGCCCAACCUGACCUUCUGGCCAAUCCAGACGCCCGGAUGCAGGAAGUCCCACCUCCCCCUGAAAGUAGUGGGCAUGGCCUCCAAAGGAUCCAUCCAGGCAGAGCAUGGGGUGCUGAAUCUGGGGGAGGUGUUGGUGGGAGACUGUAGGUCCUUCGAGGUGCCUCUCAUCAACAACGGUUCCUGUUCUGUCAGCUUCUGUUUGGCUGUACAACAGAGCCUGCUAGACCCGGGGUUGCCUGAGAAGAAAGACCCCGUUGCCCUGGAGCUGGACUCUGAGAGAGGCACCAUCCCAGCUCGCUCCAGGCUGCUGAUCCGCUCCACCGUGAGGCCUGCCAGGAGGACCAGAUACUGCUGGGACCUCACAUACCAGACACUCAGCUCUGCAGGCUCUGUGCUGGAUGCUCCCCAGGCUCUGUGCCAGGUGCAGGGUGAAGGGGUGUUCCCCACCCUGGAGGUGACAGAUGUGCGUUGCAGCGGCUGCGUGGAGGGGCUCAGUAAGCUGCAGAUCUGGAGCCUCUUUUCUCUGGGACACCUCAACGCCCACCUGCAGAGAGACCCCGCCCCUCCGGAGCUCACCUACCGGGUGCCCACCAGACACAGUCUGCGUCGCUGUCCCUCCAUCUUCACGUCGGCCAUGUUGGAUUUCAACUUCAGCGCUGCUUCGCUGGGCUCAGACCCCUCCAAUGUGCUGCUGAUGUUUGAGAACACUGGGAGCAUCCCUGUCGAGUGGUCGUUCCUGUUCCCAGAAGACCAGCAGAUAGAGCUUGAGUACUGGGCUGAGACUGGGGAGUUCAGCAGUACAGAGCUCCACCACAUGAAGGUGCAGGAUAACAGGCUGUUUAAUAUAGCACCCCGCUCUGGGAAACUACACCCAGGACAGCAGAAAGCAGUGACAUUUAGCUACAGCGCCAACAGUGCAGUGUAUGAGCUGUACAACGGAGGGGCUGUCCCUCUGAGGUACCGUGUGGACACAGAGCCCCUUGAGCAGCUGACGGCUGAUAACUUUGGUCACCCCGUGAUGCAGUGUCUCAACCCCCAGGGAGAGGUGAAGCCUGGCAGGACAGCCCUGCUGGAGUGGGUCCUCUCCCCCCUGGAGGCCAAGACUUACAGUGUGGACAUCUCUAUCCAUGUGCUGGAGGGAGACACCAUGCUGUUGACGUUUGAAGGCUGUGGGUUUGAUAACAGUGUGCUGGGAGAGUCGGCACCACUACAGCUUCAUGAUGGCUACAUGUCUGUCCCCAGCACACAGAGGAUGGCCCUGCCCAACCAGGUGCUGUUCCUGUCAGAGGAGAGAUUGUGUCUUGGGGACAUCCCAGUCUGCUCUCGUUCCACACGGGUCCUGUUCCUGACGAAUGUCUCCCACAGUGACAGAGUCCUCUACAACUGGAACCUGACUGACCAGUCAGUCCAGAUCUAUCCAGAGCACGGUGCUCUGUCUCCAGGGGAGAGCUCUCUCUGUAUCCUGACUCUCCAGGCCUCUGGCAGCCCCGGCUUCUACCAGCUAGACAUCAUCUGUGAGGUGACCCUGGAGGAGGCUCUGUCUCAGUACCGUCAGGAUCUACAGGAGUGGGAGCUGGAGAGAGACAGACAGAGGAAUGAGUUUAGCCUGACUGACAAAGACCUGCAGCAGAGUCAGACCAGCUACCCCCAGGGUCAUACACAGAGUCAGACCAGCUACCCCCAGGGUCAUACACAGAGUCAGACCAGCUACCCCCAGGGUCAAACACAGAGUCAGGACCAGGAAACACCUGGACCCCCAGGAAAUACAAGGUCAAACACAGGACCCUGUAGCAGGAAAUACAAGGAAACACCUGGACCUGUAGUCAGGAAAUACAAGACUCUGCCUCCUAUCUGUAGCAGCAGUGCCGUGGUUGGGGGUAUGUGUACCAGGCCCAGCCGUGCAGAGCGGAGGGCCCAGAGAGAGGCUAGCCAGGUAUGGAGGAGACCUGAACCGCCCUGCCCCACCCUGCUACACCUGGGGGUCACCGCCCGCUCACACUCCCUCCUAGAGUUCCAGACCUUCUUCCCCUCCCUGCUCAGCACACACCACAUCAACAGGUCGGCCCGGCCCAAUGUGACCCGUUGUGGAUCCCGUCAGAGCAGACCUCCAUCUUUAGACAUGCCUCCUCUCAGCCACGGACCAGAGAGAGAGAUCAUUACCCACACGCUCACCUCCAUAUUCAGGAGCCUCCUGGACGACCCUCACUUCCACCACUCUCUGGUGAAUGGUGUGGCUGAACCCGUGCCCUACUUCACCCAGCUGAGACAGACUGCCUACACCCCUACCACACCUCUCCCUGGGGCUGCUACGCCUUAUCCUGGGACCAGGGAGGCCCCUCCACCUUGCCCCCCUACUCCUCAGCUCCUCAUGGGGGGCAGUCUGUACAGUGCUGGGGUAACAGAGGUAACAAAGCAACAGCCACAGACCCAGAAGCCAACAGUGAAGCGAGAGCAUCAGCUCAACGUUCAGGAGACCAUCCGCAGGCUGCCAGAGUUCUGUGACGUGACAGAGGAGGUUCUCCUCAACACCUUACAGAACCUGAUGAUGGAGGCGUUCCUGGGAGAACUGGUCCUUACAACCAGGCCACGAAUCAUCGCUCUGCCUCCUGUCUCUGCCAGGAGGACCAGCUGUGGUUCCAGGAGGCUGUCCAGAGCUGGCGCUGACCCAGACAGGAGCAGAGAGACCAGGGGGGUUCCUCUGGGUCUUAGCUUCAGCCCACCCUCUUCACUACUGGCCAACCUGGCAUGGACCUAACCAGUGUUUUAUUCCACACAAUGCCUCAACAUUAUUUCAUACCCAAUUAAUAACUAUUAAAAAAAAAAAAAAAAGUUCAGCAAAAGUUGAUUUGACCAUUUUAAAAUAGCGAUUCACGUCUCGAUGCCCUGAUCUACAAUGUGAUUAGUACUUUCACACCCUCAUGUACCUGAUAGUAGCUCUGUGAAGCACUGGACAGUUUCACUUCACUAUAUCGAGCCUUUAUAAUAAACCCAAAACAGACCAUUCCAAAAACACAUUUUUUGUUUAUUAAAAAGGAAUUCAGUCCACAGUAGUUAAGACUUUGGCACCUACAAUAUAUAUAUAAAAAAUAAAAAUAACAAAAACGUGUACACCCCAAAUAGCAUUAAAACAAAAUGCUUGGAUAAAAGAGAUAAAUUAAAAACAGCAGUUGAGGUGUGUGUGUGAAACAAUGCAACUCAACUGGCAGCCAUCUUAGAGCUUCCGUUCACAAAAUGGCAGACGUACAUGAAAACGCCAGAUACAAUUCUGGACAUUGAAUGAACACCCACUUGUUGUGUACCUCUGUGAUACAACUCUUGCAUUAAAGCAGUGGUAUUCAGCGGGGACCCCCCCCCCGAUUGAAUUUCUGGGGACCAAAUUUCUUAUGAUCCCACCCCAUAUCAAAUAACCUAAAAAAUAAAAAAUAACUUUUUUAAAAAACUGCAAAUUUCUACAUAAUCGUCUUCUCAAAAAUGAAAAGAAACCAAUAAAUACAUUUACUCAAUAAAAUUGUAUUUUUCAAAUAUGUUUGUAUAAUGUCCAUACAAUAAUCUGUACUCUUGGUUUCUGGUUUUUCAUUUUUAUAUAUAUAUAUAUAUAUAUAUAUAAAAAUUGGCGACCCCACGACUUUGAAUACCACUGUAUUAAAGACCAUGCUUGGUUUUAAAAAGGAAUGUUUUUUUUGUUUGUUAGACUGGUAGUUGAAGUCUCCAAAGAGAUUUGAAAUACAUGAAGACAAGGUUCUCAUGCGAGACCUCUGUAUCCAAGUGGUUCACUAUAUAGGGAAUAGGGUUAUACUUCAAAACAGCGAUCCUAUUUCUCUGUAGAAGCAUUUGAGCUCGGAUGGGAUCGGUUGGAGAAAUAUUAUCCAUUCCAGAUAACUCUUGACGGCAUCGUGAGUUUUCCCAUAUUGUAAACUUCUGAAUGGGGUAAAAUCUCACAUCAGAGAGAGAAAGCUCUGGUUCGGGCAGCACAGAGUAGAAACAGUAGGCUACCGGAGGAAUGGCAACGCACAGAGUAGGCUACCGGAGGAAUGGCAACAGCACAGAGUAGAAACAGAGUAGGCUACCGGAGGAAUGGCAACAGCACAGAGUAGGCUACCGGAGGAAUGGCAACGCACAGAGUAGGCUACCGGAGGAAUGGCAACAGCACAGAGUAGGCUACCGGAGGAAUGGCAACGCACAGAGUAGGCUACCGGAGGAAUGGCAACAGCACAGAGUAGGCUACCGGAGGAAUGGCAACAGCACAGAGUAGGCUACCGGAGGAAUGGCAACGCACAGAGUAGAAACAGUAGGCUACCGGAGGAAUGGCAACAGCACAGAGUAGGCUACCGGAGGAAUGGCAACGCACAGAGUAGAAACAAAGUAGGCUACCGGAGGAAUGGCAACAGCACAGAGUAGGCUACCGGAGGAAUGGCAACAGCACAGAGUAGGCUACCGGAGGAAUGGCAACAGCACAGAAACAGAGUAGGCUACCGGAGGAAUGGCAACAGCACAGAGUAGGCUACCGGAGGAAUGGCAACGCACAGAGUAGAAACAGAGUAGGCUACCGGAGGAAUGGCAACAGCACAGAGUAGGCUACCGGAGGAAUGGCAACUCACAGAGUAGAAACAGUAGGCUACAGGAGGAAUGGCAACAGCACAGAGUAGAAACAGAGUAGGCUACCGGAGGAAUGGCAACAGCACAGAGUAGGCUACCGGAGGAAUGGCAACAGCACAGAGUAGGCUACCGGAGGAAUGGCAACAGCACAGAGUAGGCUACCGGAGGAAUGGCAACAGCACAGAGUAGAAACAGAGUAGGCUACAGGAGGAAUGGCAACAGCACAGAGUAGAAACAGAGUAGGCUACCGGAGGAAUGGCAACAGCACAGAGUAGGCUACCGGAGGAAUGGCAACAGCACAGAGUAGAAACAGAGUAGGCUACCGGAGGAAUACUGAACGGCUUUAGAACCUCUACAGAUUUUCCAUUUUCUCUUUUCAUGGGAAUGUCUCGAAGGACUAGGUAGGACAACGGAACCAAACAUUAAAAUAUAAAAGACCCUUUCUUUGCCUUGGGGGGGGGUAUUUUGAAGUGACGCUAUAGAAAGGAGUGGCAAUGUGGAGAAGCAGCAGGGUGGUGGUUAAUUGGUCAGACCAGACCACUGAUCAAGGUUAGUGAAUGACAGGAACAGGAAGUCAGCACGUAGUUGACACUUCCUACAGUAAUAUGUUCCAUGGAGUACUUCUGUGACGGCACGGGAAGACGUCGCCAUAGAAAUACAAGUCUAGAAGAAUUCAAUGGGAAUUAUAUUUCCAUGGGCGACACGUAGGAAGUCCCACCAAGU